UUGUUCACGACCCCGUUAACAUACUUUUUACAGCCCAACUUCGAAUACACAUCUUCUCAACAUGAUAUUGCAAACCUUCUGUUGAGCCUGAAAGUGAUCUCAUUUGAAGAGCUUGUAACUGCUGUCAAUGAGACCUUGAAAGAGGCAGGUGUGAAAGCUACCAAAGUUGGAGUAGCAGACAAGGCUGCUUUCCCGACUGAAGCACCCCUUCUUGAGUUGCUGCAUGGUUGUGUGAAGGCUCUGCCUACAGCUCAAUUGCAGUCUUGUUGGUUACCUUUUCAAUCUUUGUUUGCGGACGCACCGUUGGCCAGCCUUCCUCCGCGCGCAGUCUUUUUACUGUUCAUGUACGUUCCUUGGAUGUUUCGAUCGUUUGGUACUGACCAGUCUGUUACAGAAUUUUGUGCGACUAUGUGCGGUGCGCUGGCGCUUCGUACAUUGUUGAGGAUAAGACGAUGUCUCGUGCCGUUCAAGACGCAGUACAACGACUCACUGAAGCUGUCAAUGCUAUCGUUGGUUGGCAGUUGGAAACAACCACAUGGCUGAAG